GGGCACAGUUGGUGCUAUUUUCACUUGUCCACUAGAAGUCAUUAAGACAAGGUUGCAAUCUUCAAGACUGGCACUUCGGACUGUCUAUUAUCCUCAGGUUCAUCUGGGGACCAUUAGUGGAGCUGGCAUGGUGAGACCAACAUCCAUGACACCUGGACUCUUACAGGUUCUGAAGUCAAUCUUGGAGAAGGAGGGACCAAAGUCACUUUUUAGAGGCUUGGGUCCAAAUUUGGUUGGAGUUGCACCAUCAAGGGCUGUGUACUUUGCAUGUUACUCCAAAGCCAAAGAGCAAUUUAAUGGCAUUUUCGUGCCUAAUAGCAAUAUUGUGCAUAUUUUCUCAGCUGGCUCUGCAGCUUUUGUCACAAAUUCCUUAAUGAAUCCUAUAUGGAUGGUUAAAACUCGGAUGCAGCUAGAACGGAGAGUGAGAGGCUCCAAGCAGAUGAAUACACUCCAGUGUGCUCGCUAUGUUUACCAAACGGAAGGCGUUCGUGGCUUCUAUAGAGGAUUAACAGCCUCCUAUGCUGGAAUCUCAGAAACUAUCAUCUGUUUUGCUAUUUAUGAAAGUUUAAAGAAGUAUCUGAAGGAAGCUCCAUUAGCCUCUUCUACAAAUGGGACUGAGAAAAAUUCCACAAGUUUUUUUGGACUUAUGGCAGCUGCUGCUAUUUCUAAGGGGUGUGCCUCCUGUAUUGCUUAUCCACACGAAGUCAUAAGGACACGGCUGCGUGAGGAAGGCACCAAGUACAAGUCCUUCAUCCAGACUGCACGCUUGGUGUUUCGGGAGGAAGGUUACCUGGCCUUCUACAGAGGACUCUUUGCCCAGCUCAUCAGGCAGAUACCAAAUACUGCCAUUGUGCUGUCUACCUAUGAGUUAAUUGUGUACCUGUUAGAAGACCGUGCUCAGUAACAGGCCAGAAAAUUGUACUGUAGAAGAAUAAAACUGAAAAACUCUAGAGAAUUUUUUUCCAUUGAUGUUUAGAAUGUUUGAGACUGAAACAGGAAAAGUCAGAAAAAUCCUGGCUCUUAUCACCUGUUGGACAUUUCCUUUUGGAUUCAUGCUUUCUGGAAGGUUCUAAUUCAUUAACGUUGAGAGUUAAUUAUGACUUUUUUUUUUUUUUUAACUUAAGAGAAUACAGGAUUAAGCAGCAACUAAAUUAAAUCAUGCUAUUUAAUUUACGUAUAAA